GUACCGGGCAUAGCAACUGCGCUAUGCACUUGAGAUCUUCAACAACAGCAUGUCUCAGCUCCAGCAUCGUCCCUUUCUCUCCAAAGAGAUUGGUAGUUGUCAAAAGAAGCGGGCUCGCAAAGCCUGCUCUGGCUGUCGAGCCCGCAAGGUACGCUGUGACGUGCUCAUUGUCGGCCACCCGUGCACCCAGUGCCGGGACAAUGAAUUCGAAUGCAUUGUCAAAGAGCGAAAGAAACGGCAAAUGAAGGCUAUGGUUUCAUUCAAAGAAAAAAGAGACUCUGCCGAUUUUGUUCCGUCGAUGCCUGAACACACCAUGCUGCAUCAAGUUCCGUUUUAUUCGUUUUUCAAGACCUUCGCCCGCCUGGGAAGAGGCACACAGCAAGUUGCUGCUGGCAAUAUGCAGCAGAGCGAAGUUGCUCUGCCUAUUUCUCUUCGCGAACCUUGCACGAAUUCUACCGGAGAUGACCUUGAGAUCGAGUUUUUAAAGCACAAGGGGGUGUUUACGUUGCCCCCAAAACAUAUUCUCGACGAAUGUAUUGCAGCCUAUUUUCGAAUAUUUCACUCUUUCUUUCCCAUUGUAGAUAAAGUCGACUUCUUUAACGCAUAUGAAGGAGUUAAUCAUGAUGACCGGCCGCUAGAGAGGCAGGGGCCAAGUCUCCUGUUACUUCAAGCUGUAUUAUUUACAGCAGCUUCGUUUUUGCCCAUGGAAAAAAUACGAGAAAUGGGCUUUAACACCAGACAGCACGCGCGAAGUACCUAUCAUCAAAGGGCAAGAUACUUGUACGAGUUCAACUACGAACCCAAUAUCAUCACCAAUAUUCAAGCACUGCUCCUAAUGAGCCAUUACUACACGUCCAUGGUCGAGCAGAAGCACACCUGGUUCUGGGCACACCAGGCCAUCAGUCUCGCCCAAGGAGCCGGUCUGCAUCACCAGUCUGCUCGUCAACCGAAGCGAAAGCUCUGGACGAGAAUAUGGUGGGGUUGUGUUGUACGCGAUAGACUCAUAGCCUUGGGCACUGGGCGGCCUAUGCAUAUCAUCAGCUUAGACUGUACGGUACCGAUACUGACAGCAGCAGAUCUAGCAGAAGCUGGUGACUCGGAAGAAGAUUGCGCAGUUAAGCAGGUCUUUAUCGAAUUUACAAAGCUUUGCCAGCACAUAGAGGGCGUUCUUUUAUUGUCCUCUACGGAUGAAGGCCUGGUUCAAGGUCAACAUAAAGUAUGUGAAGCCGCGCUGCAGGGCUGGCUCCAUGAUUUACCCCAAGUAGCCAGGCGAGACAGCACUGCGCAGACAUGCACUGGAGAAACACCCGUGCUUUACCGAAAUAUCUUAUAUUUAAUACUCAAGUAAGCGCGAAUGCCAAUCUGUAGUGCUAAUUUGAGAUGUGGUUAACUGUGAUAGCAUCGUUCUCCUGGCCCUUUACCGAACAAGCCAGCCAGAUGCGCCAACUACAGCAAUCCCUUCUUCACAGAUGCAGAGAGCCGCUAAAGAAUCAACCCAGAUUAUUUCAGAGCUAAUUGAAAGUGAUCUUGUUGGGAUCUGUCCGACUAUAUGUGUUACCGCUGUUAUUCCGCCGCUGAUUGUGCACACGCUGGUUAUGCGUGGCUCUGCAGAGAAGUGCCUUAUUUCACAAACUUCUCUUCACUUUCACACAUGCAUGGAAUUUCUCAAAAGAUUGGGCGAAAUAUACUGGCAUGCAAGCUUCUACCACGAAUUCUUUGAAAUCGUAGCGCCGACAAUAGAGAAGCAAAUACCGCGCUUGCCCGUACGCAGGCAACGUUCUCGGCACCCUGCCACGGACGAAAAUACUCCAUCUUCUCCAAGUAAUACUGGUGAGCCGACCAUUUCUAAUGAAACACAUUUUGACGCGUCGAAUUUCAUGGUGGACGAGCAAGUAUUUGAAGAUUGGCUGGCAAACUGUACCAAUUUCCACGUCUUUUUUCCGUCCGCUUAAUGAACGGCACAAUUUACUACUUUAUCUUCAUUGAAAGUUCAUGAUAGAGUAUAUAUAUAAACUUUGCCGAAAAGGUAUUUUUGCGAGCCUUCGACUAUGAGAACUUCACACUCGCGGGCCCUCUCGAAUAGCGAGACCCUGCUCAGUUGUCCAAAAGCUGCCAGUCGGAUACUCAUAUUUAGCCACGGCUUCGGCUUUGUACUCGACACUAUAACCAGCCUCCCAAGGUGUCACAAAGUGUCCAUCUUUGGUCUGCACCGGGUGCAACAAGACUUCGUGGAACGAAUUAAUGUGCUCGAGAAGACUCUUCUUACCCGACACGCAGACAUAGUUGAGCAGAGCGAGGUGCUGCGUAUACUCGUUUAAUCCGAUACCGCCGCUGUGAGGAACAAUUGGAACGUUAAACCUGUACUCUUUGUUAGUUUAUCUUCUUCUUGUACUUGGACUAGGGGACGAAACGUACUUUUUCGCCAUUAGCAGGACGGCCAAGACUUCGUUAACACCUCCGAGUCGACAAGCAUCAAUUUGGCAAUAGUCAAUAGAUCCUGCUUCAAGAAGUUGUUUGAACAUGACGCGAUUUUGGCAAUGUUCGCCUGUCGCAACACCUACGCCGUACGGUUUGAGCGCCUGCCGAAUCUUGGCGUGGCCGAGAAUAUCGUCUGGCGAGGUGGGUUCCUCAAUGAACCUAAAACGUCAGAUCAACGCCUAUUCGUGUCAUCUAUGAAACGUUAAAAAAAGAACUUACACUGGCUUGAAUUCGGCGAGCUGCACCAUGUAGUCAAUGGCCUCC